ACGGCCAAAAAGUGGGGCGAGGGCCGCCGUUGCGAUGGCAGUAGAAAAUAGAGUAUGGGAGUAGUUGAGAGGGAAACGAAACGUUCGCCAGCAUAACUUUUGCUUUUUCCAGGAUUUGCUUUUUGUCACAGCGAUGCGGUGCACCUACAACAAGGGAGAAAAUGAAGCACAGUUUUGUGUUCGACCAUCUGUCAACUGUUUUUUCACAGAGCAACUCGUAAACAUGCAUCUCCAUCCCUUGGACUUUUCAUCGUCGUCGGUAGACCACCAUCCAAUGAGUGCCUUGCAUCAUCACUGUGAGCACUCUGAACGCUCCAGCAGCAGCAGCCAAGUCAAGCAUGUGUCAUUUCGAGAGAAGAUCGAUAUGAUUGCUGCCGAUGGCACCAUUGAUCAUAUCGCCCUCCCCAAGCAGCAAUCGCCACUCGACGACUUUGUGGAGUUUGAUGGCGAGGAUUGUCGCAUUGUCGUAACAGAGUGUGCCUCCAACGACGACAUGAUGAUUGCCUCCUACAAGAAGUUCGCACCUCGGCCAAACAGGUUUGCAGCGGCACAAGCAGCAUCCUUGAACUUUGAUGGUGUUGGGUUUGAACUCUGCUACAUGAGUGGCACGGGAAACUACGACCACCACGAGAUGGAUUUGGAAGCUUCCUACAAGAAGCUGGCUCCAAGGGCAGCGCUGCCCUACAUCCAGAGAGCUGGCACCUGAUCAGGAGAUGUGCGCAAACAAUCCGCACGACGCACACAACAAGAACUCAUGUUGCAGUAUUGGAAGAUACAUGCGAUGGCAGCUUGAUUCUUUCACUAGGCUACUUCAUAUUAUUCAAGAAUCCCUACAUGAUUUAUUUAUGCAUACUGGAAGGAGAGGCCCUUGUCGUGGAACAGAUCCAUGUCCACUUCAGUUGAGCCUCCAAUGUCAACAAAGUUGACAGCACCUGUCACUCUGAUGAGGCGCAUACAUACAUAAGAAAAACUGUACUCUAGACACCCUUUGUAUUGG